CUCUCUACCUUAAAGUCGGGCGUCUUUUAUGAAUCAAAAGCAGCAGAAGCCGACGCUAUCGGGGCAGCGCUUCAAGACCAGGAAGAGAGAUGAAAAAGAGAGGUUUGACCCUACCCAGUUCCAGGACUGCAUUAUUCAAGGUUUAACUGAAACUGGCACUGACUUGGAGGCGGUAGCAAAGUUUCUUGAUGCUUCUGGUGCAAAACUUGACUAUCGCCGCUAUGCAGAAACACUUUUUGACAUCCUGGUGGCUGGUGGAAUGCUGGCCCCAGGUGGUACCCUGGCAGAUGACAUGACACGCACAGAUGUCUGUGUAUUUGCAGCACAGGAAGACCUAGAAACCAUGCAAGCAUUUGCUCAGGUGAGUCCUGAGAUGAAUAUAAUUUUACUUAAACCAUUCUAUCCUCUGAUAAUCUUGUACGUAAAGGAGGAGAUGAAGAAAAACAACAUCUCAGAGCAGACUGUCAUAGCCAUAAUCUGGUCAAGUGUGAUGAGCACUGUGGAGUGGAACAAAAAGGAGGAGCUGGUAGCAGAGCAAGCCAUUAAACACUUGAAGCAAUACAGCCCUCUACUUGCUGCCUUUACUACCCAAGGUCAGUCAGAGCUGACUCUUCUGUUGAAGAUUCAGGAGUAUUGUUAUGACAACAUUCACUUCAUGAAGGCCUUCCAGAAAAUAGUGGUGCUCUUCUAUAAAGCUGAAGUUCUGAGCGAAGAACCCAUCCUGAAGUGGUAUAAAGAUGCACAUCUUGCAAAAGGAAAGAGUGUCUUCCUGGAGCAAAUGAAGAAGUUUGUUGAAUGGCUCAAGAAUGCUGAAGAAGAGUCAGAGUCUGAAGCGGAGGAGGGUGACUGACCUCUGGAACAGUCCUCAGUAAAGCAAACAGGAGCUGUAGAUAAGUGUCAUGUCUCAUGUGUCCUUCUGAUUCUUACAUCCUACCUCCCUGUAUCAAGCAUGAUAUAAGGGCUCUCAUGGCAAAUUUAUUUUAACUGUUUUCUAUAGUUAUUGAAAUACCGGGUUUAGUUUUUAAAACCAUGUUUUAAGUAGGUAGUUUACAGGAGCUAUAGAUUUGACUCUAACCUGCAUUUGUCCUUUCAGUUAUAUUCUACCUCCUGUAUUUUCUACUGUAAUAAUGUAAUUUAAGGCCUUCCACAAUUAAAUUCAUUUUACCUUCUUGGGUUUUCUAUCUGCAUUUGAGUAGACAUGAUUUGGUAAAUGAGAUUCAUGGCAGUUCUGUUUGCAAAUUAAAUUGUAAAAAGCCUCUGAUUUGACGAGGCCGUGGCUUGCGUGGUAACUUGGUGUGACACUUCAAUCCAUACUACUUGCUCCAGAUAACCUUGUUGAUUGUCCAUCUUUGUAAAAUCUUUGUCAUCUCUUUUCCUGUACUUCCAGCAUAAAGUAAUCUUAGCGUCCAGCUGUUGCACGGGGCACCUGCGCCACUGCUGGGAGCUCCUGUGGUGGUGGUAGUGACCUCUGUAGCUAAGGUGGGGUAUGAAGAGUGGCCUCUCUGAGCCUGCUGUCACAGCUGGUGGCCCGAGUUCCUAAGGGACUGCACCACUUACUGCUCAGGCUGAUAUACAGCCAAGGAUCAGUUUGCAGCUUCUCUCCCAAGCAAAUAGCGCUGUUCUGCAUGCAGCUGCCCAGCAGCUUUCUAGAGCCCUGACUGAAGCUGCUCAGUGCCUGGGCAGGGCUGUGCCUUGCCUGUGCUGUCUGUUACAUACAGGACUGCUGGAAGGUAAGCUGAGCAAAACCCUACCCCUGCCCUUACAUGGGAUUACUUUAUGCUGGCAAUUGUUACAUGAAACCAGAUUAUCUGUUCACCAAAACUUGGAAUUCUUGAGGGCAGUUCUCAGGACAGCAGGUAAUUCAGGAGAGCUGGUAAAGACAGGCUGCUGUUGUAAGCUAACAAUGAGCACUAGCUGAAAUACUCAUAACCUGAGUGUACCCACUAACAUGGAAAAAGAAAGUGAUGAUCACAGUGCUAUCUGUUGAAUACUACAGUGAUCUUCCUUUGUAAUUUUUUUUUCAAGCAAAUAAAGGCCAUUCUUACACUUAA